UGUUAUACAGCCGCUAAUCCAUCUUAGCAGUCAUGGCGAAUACCCUGGAGCUGCUUUUCUGCCCGGACCCCCAGCUGACCGAGGUGAUGCGCCUGCGUGUGCAGUCCCUGCAGCAGCGCGGCCAGAAACGUCAGGACGGGGAGCGCCUUCUACAGCCCAACGAGGCCGUGUACCGCCUGGACUUCACCAAGCAGUCGCUGGGCUUCUCCCAUUGGACGGUGCGUCUGGCCCAUUCGGGCUGCCUCACCAUCACAGCCACGUCGCAGCUGUGGACGCCCGACCUCACCCACCUGAUGACCCGCCAGCUCCUGGAGCCCCCGGGGGUCUUCUGGAGAGCGGCGGAUGACGCCCACGAGGGGGGGACCAAGUGCUACGAGGCUGACGCGCACGAGUUUGGCGAGCGCAUUGCGGAGCUGGCCAAGGUGAGGAAGGUCAUGUACUUCCUGUUUGCCUUCGGGGAGGGAUGCAGCCCGGAGACGGUGGACUGCUCCAUCACCUUCACGGUGGACAGUUAAAACCUUCUAUGGAACCUUCGUGAAUUUUGAACACAGCACCAGUUUGUAACCAAGUAACUGUAACUAAAGCAAAGUAAAGUAAACAAAAAAUGUCAGGAAAAGCCGACUAGAACACCUAAACUUAGAGACUAAAUGGUGGCAGGUGUGUGCUGACUCCCAUUUAACAUUAGUUUGAAUGUGAUUGGUUAAUUUUGAACACAACCACAGUUCCAGUUUUCUAACUAAGUAACUGUAACUCAAUAUUUAAAAUACUAGUUAUUUUUAUUUAACCUAUAUUUGUGCAAUAUAUUUGUGCAAUUUGUGCAAUAUAUUUGAAUUGAUUCAUUAUUUAAGUACCAUUUUUUAUUUUGUGCAGUGUUAAUGUUCAAAAUGUGCGUGUUACAGUGGCUUACUUGUUAAAUAUACUUUUCGAGAAUAAAACCUUUGUCUCGUUUGGUGUAAAAAGUUUGACAACUACAGGAUUGGUCAUUAGAUUCCCUCGUGACGCAACUGUUGUG